UUAUUAUUUGCAGCUGAAAUUCUUAAUAAAAUAAUCAAUAUUGGUAUCGAUAAUAUAAUUUUAAUUGCAAAACGAUUUCAUAAUAAAUUAUUAUUGGCAGAAAAAUAUAUUCCAUCAAAUAAAAUACAAUGUCAAACAAUAUUAUUUCGUGUAACAACAAGUAGUGAAUAUAGUGAAACAAUUGGAAAUGAUUAUGGACUAUCGACAAUAUGUCAAGGUCCACUUCAAGUCCUAGUCAUUCCAGGUGAUCACCGAACAUUUUUGCAAGGUGAAAAUGUAAAACUUUUAGCUGAUCAGAUUAUAACUGUUACUUGUAACAAUUCUUGA